CCCACCGCUUCACUCAGAGCGAACAGAGACGAACGUUGAGCGGGCGGAGGAGACGCUAGAUAUUUAAACCCCCCGGGUCGUUUUGCAGAUUUUACUCACACAUAUCGGCUCUUUUUUGUUUUCUUUAUUUGGUAUGAUUCAAGAGCUGGUUUCAUGUAGUAAAUGACAGAUCGUUAAGGGCGUCGUUGUCGAGGUUUGUCGAGGUUUGGGACCAGUGAAGGGCCAUGGCAGCCGAGGCUCGGCCGGAGCUGGUCGGGAAGCGGUUCCUCUGCGUGAGCGGGGACGAGCCGCCGGGGAGCGGGGACAUCGGCCGGUGGCCCUGGAGGUCCGGGGUCAUACGAGCCGUCAGCCACCGGGACAACGACAACCCCGACCUCACGGUGUACGUGGAGUUUGACGACCAGGAGUGGGAGAAGCGAGAGUGGGUCAAGGUCUACGAGGACUUCCAGCUGUUCCUGCUGCAGCACCAGCUGGUCUGGGCCAGGAGGCAGGAGGGCGGGGGGGAGAGGGAGCAGGGGGGAGGGGGCCCGAUGCAGGGGACCAAGGCCAAACACAUACAGUGGCCCGCCCUGGCAUUCAAACCAUUGGUUUGGAAGAGCUUGCUGUCCUCUGUAACAGCAGUGGAGUUCCUUUUAGACCGCCAGCUGGACUUCCUGUCCGACCCUUCAGCGUACCAGCCCUACCAGGAUGAAGUGGACAGCCAGAGCCCUGUACUAAGAGACAACCCCCAGCUCCAUGAAGAGGUGAAGGGCUGGCUCAAAGACCAGAAGGCUCAGGAAAUCUUCAUGCAAGGUCCAUAUUCGCUGAAUGGCUACCGUGUGCGCGUGUACAGACAAGACUCAGCCACCCAGUGGUUCACUGGCAUCAUUACUCACCAUGACCUCUUCAGUAGAAAUAUGGUCGUCAUGAAUGAUCAGGUGCUGGAACCUCAGAACGUGGACCCCUCAAUGAUGCAGAUGACCUUCCUAGACGACGUGGUCCACUCGCUGCUGAAGGGAGAGAAUAUCGGCAUCACCUCAAGACGGAGGUCCAGAUCCAGCCAAAACAACAACAACAACAACAACAGCAGCGGCAGCAGCACGGUCCAUACGGCCGGAGGGAGAGGCGGCGGAACCCCUGGCAACACUCAGGGUCACUACACACGAGCCCAGGCCAACAGCCCGCGGCCCAUCACAAACUCAUCAGGAAGUGCUGCAAAGGGCACCCAGGGGGCCAUGGCCUCUCAGCAGCAGAGCCAGGCCCAGCCAGGCAGCCAAUCGGCCGGCCACGCCCACUCCCCCGGGGCCCGGGACCAGCGCGGGGCCCGCUCUUCCAGGAGGAAGGGGUCGGACAGCAGCGUCCCCGAGGAGGAGAAGGAGAGGAGGGAGGAGCCGGGGAGAGAUUCCAAGCCCAAGGUCAAGCCGACCGUCAACAAGCGGCGCAAGACCGAGGAACAGGAGAAAAAGGCCGGCCUGAAGAGGCUGAAGACAGAGACGACCUCGGACCUGUCGGAGAGCAGCGACAGUGAGCACCCCCACAACAAGAGGACCAUCCACUCCUCCUGCUCCUCUUCCUCCUCGUCCUCCUCCUCCUCUUCGUCCUCGUCCUCCUCUUCGUCUGAGCCCAACUCUGAGAACGAGUUGAAGAGCCGCGGCGGGGAGCUGAUCGCCAGCAGCGUUUCCAAAAUGGAGGAGGACGAGAAGCCGGUGGCGUUGACCGCCGGCUCUAAACUCAGCGAGUCGCCGUCGCUCGCUGGCCGGCUAUCGCCGUGGGCCGAGGUCCGAGGGUCGGAGGACACUAGGAAGGGCUGCGUGGUGAAAGAGACGGGCCCCUCGGAGACAAAGGAGGAACAGGAGCUGACGGCGGUGACGCAGCUCCCUCGGUCACCACGGCAACACCUGGCCCCCCUGCUGAGCACGGCGGUCCAGGGCUGCAUCAUGGAGAGCACCAAGAGCACUGUGAACGCCACUCCUCGGUCCCAGACGCCCUCGGCCACGUCCUCGUCUCAUCUCCAUAGCAACAGCGUGAUGGACAUCACUGAGGAGGCCCAGGCGACGGUGCACCGCGAGAGCUCGGAGGCCGUGUCGGCGCUGCUGGCCUCCCAGGAGUCCACAGCCCUUUCUCCCUACCUCCCCCUCAACCCCUCCCCCGUCUCCUCUCCCCCCGUACCCCCGUCCCCCUCUCCCUCCGAGGGCGGACGCCGUGGGCCGGACAUCGAGCCCGCGCCGCCGCCGCCACCGCCUGUGCCUGCGCCCGUACCACCUGCUUCACCGGGGCAGGGCACCAUGGGAGCUAGCACGAUGGGAGCCGGCCCCGUAGGAGCUGGCCCCAUAGCAACUGGCCCCGUAGGAGCUGGCCCCAUACUAGCUGGACCCAUACUAGCUGGCACCGUAGGAGCUGGCCCCAUGGGAGCUGGCCCCAUGGGAGCUGGCCCCAUGGGAGCUGGCCCCAUGGGAGCUGGCCCCAUGGGAGCUGGCCCCAUGGGAGCUGGACCCAUGGGAGCUGGCCCCACACUAGCUGGCCCCAUGGGAGUUGGCCCCACACUAGCUGGCCCCAUGGGAGUUGGCCCCUUGGGAGUUGGCCCCACACUAGCUGGCCCCAUGGGAGCUGGCCCCGUGGGAGUUGGCCCCGUGGGAGCUGGCCCCAUAGCAGCAGUCCGCAGCUUAGGCAACAAGAUGGAGUUUGCCCACUCCGAGGUCAUCAGACCGCUGACCUCCGUGUCCGAGCCUGCAGUGCCAGAGGAAAAAGAGAAAACUCCCCUACAACACCCCCAUAACCAUCUCAAUCAUCAUCCUCUUCCUCAUCAUCAGCAGCAUCACCACCUCCAGCCCACGCAGCAGCACCCACAACACUACACAGGCCUCCUGCCAUGCAUCAAGAGCCCUUCUCCCUCAGAAGAGACCAGGAAACACCAACAGUCCCCAUCCCACAAGGUAAAGGCACAUCCUGCCGCCGAGCUGUGCAAACCAAGAGUCAGCCCCAGCCCCAAACCGCAGAACCACCACAGCCACCCCUACCACAGCGCCGGCAUGGCCCUGCUCCCCUCUGACCUGCUCAAAGCAAAGGCCCAGCAGGCGCUCCUGGACAGCUCCAAACCCAAACCCCACACCUCCCCCGAGGUCUCCAGGCAUAAAAUGCCUAAAUACUCAGACACCCCUCCCUCCCCGAUAGCCCGCGCAGGGGCCAAGCCGGAGCCGCCGGAUGCCGCGCGCUCCGGCUUCAAGCCGCUCCACCCACGCGCCGAGUCGGGCAGCUCCAACGGCAGCAACUACACCAAGAGCCCCCUCAUCAUCGACAAGAACGAGACCUUCACCGUGUACCGCGACCCGGCGCUCGUGCGCACCGACGCCGAGAACUCUGUGGCCAACGCGGCCAGCGUCUCCUCCAACCACGUCGGGGCCUACCUCCACCCUCAUUUGCACUCUCUUCACUCCCAGUCUCCGCACUCCACAUCUCACCCGCACAUCCUCCACCCGCCCCCGCCGCCCUCCUCGGCUCUCCCCCACCUGCUGCCUCCGGGAGUGCUCCCCGCCAUGCCCCCGCCUCCCACCGCCUCUCUCCUGGCUUCCCACCCCCGGCUGGACUCCCCGGGAGCGCUGGGGCACCUGGCCCUGGCCCACGGACACCCGGCACCGUCACACCAGCAGCAGUUCAUGCAGGCCCAGGUCCCACCUCCUCCUUCACUCCUGGCCCAGGCCCAUGGCGGGGCGGCCGGGCUGGGCCUGUACCCGAUCCUCUGGCAGUACGCCAAUGGAGCGCCUGCCAGCUACCCUCCAGGCCUCAACCUCCCCCCGGGCACCAAGUGGGUCCAUCCAGAGAGCGCAGCGGCCGCCGUCAACGCAGAGGCCUCCCUGAGGAGGAGCACGGCCAGCCCAUGGCUCCACCCCACCGUGGCCGGGGACGGCCUGUCCCUGCUGACCCACGUCCCGGUGCGGCCCGCCAGCGCAGACUCCCAGCGGCCCUCACUGAAGAUGAUGGGCGCUCACACCAGCCCGCCCAUCUCCAGGAGCCGCGCAGAGCUGCACAAGGAUGACAUGGAUAAACAAGGCUUCAUGGACCCAAUCAGAACCUUGACGUUGGCCCAGCUUAAGCAAGAGCAUACGGACCGGAGUCGGACCCCCACUGGGAAAGAUGCCCAUCUCCACCGCCUCUACCUGGAAGCCCAGGGCAAGCAUGCACGCCUGGCCCAUACCCAGGACGCGGUGCAAGCGGCAGACAGAGCCAGCAAAUACAAGGAGGAGAACCGAAGGAUUCUCCAAGAGAGUAUCGAGGUGGCGCCGUUCACCGCCAAGAUCCACCGGCCUGCCGACCUGGGGCCCGAGAGAGAGCGGGACCGGGACAGAGACCGGGAGACGCACUUUCCUUCUCACCUCCCGUCCCUCACACCCCCCAACCCCAAGGCCGGCCAUCCCCAUCCGCACGCGGCCCAGUCGGAGAAGAGCAACUACUUCACCACGCUGUCCAACAGUGUGGUGAACGAGCCCCCCAGGCUGUACCCCACCAAGGAGCUCAACUCCUACUACGAUAAGGUCUCGGUCGGGGCCGUGGUCUCCAGCAUCGUGGCCACCCAGUCGGUGGCCGUCCAGGGGGCUCCUUCUCUUGGCAGCUACAGCUCCAAGGCCUCCCUCUCCAAGCCGCCUCCCCUCAUCAAGCACCAGCCUGAAGGCGGGGAGGGUCUGGCUGGCAAAAUCACAGAGCACCUCAGCCAGCAGGCCUCACUGGUCCAGCAACACCACGUGGUGGGGAUGGAGCGCCAUCAUCUGGAGCGCCGCAGCCCUUCAUCCUCCCUGAACCACCAUCAUCAUCCUCACCCACAGCAGCAACAACAACAGCAGCAGCAGCAUCAUCACCACCACCAGCAGCAGAUGCAGCAGCAGACACAACAGCAACAGCAGCAGCAUCAACAGCAGCAGCAUCAACAGCAGCAGCAUCAACAGCAGCAGCAUCAACAGCAGCAGCAUCAACAGCAGCAGCAUCAGCAGCAUCAACAGCAGCUGCAGCAUCAACAGCAGCUGCAGCAUCAACAACAGCAGCAGCAUCAACAGCAUCAACAGCAGCAGCAUCAACAGCAUCAACAGCAGCAGCAUCAACAGCUUCAGCAUCAGCAGCAGCACCAACAGCAGCUGCAGCAGCACCAACAGCAGCUGCAGCAGCAUCAACAGCAUCAACAGCAUCAACAGCAGCAGCAGCACCAACAGCAUCAACAGCAGCAGCAGCAGCAUCAACAGCAGCAGCAUCAACAGCAGCAUCAACAGCAGCAGCAUCAACAGCAGCAGCAGCUCAGGGGAAUGCCAUCUCUUCACCGAGCGCCCGUGUUCCAUCCACCCACACAGCAUGCGCUGGAGCGGAAGGAAGCUGCCGAGCGGGAGAGGGAGCGGGAGAGGGAGAGGGGCGGCUAUGGCGGCCGCUUGUCUCCGCCCACACUCACGCCCAUACAGCCGGUGAGCGCGACGGCGGCGGGAAGCAAGACGUCGGCGGAGCAGCAGAAACCUCCUACGCUGCUGCCGGAGACCAGGGAGGUCAAAGGGCAGGGGGCGGCUGGCACCGCCGCCACCAUCGGCUCCGCCGCCGCCGCCGCCGCCGACAGGAUGGUGAUGACGUCGUCAGCAGAAGGCUGGAGGGGCCGCGAUGUGAGCCAGCAGGAGAAGGGAGCGGAGAGGGGAGUGUGGUUCCCCGGGGAGACUGCCUGCAGCUCACUAUGGGGCAAGCCUCACGCCGCCAUGGCCUCCGUCAUUGUGCGCCCGUCAACAUGCAUCAAAUACGAGGGGAGCCCUCCCCUGGGGGCUAACAGACUCCCUGCCAUGACCCAUAAGGAGCUGCCCCAGGGGAGGCUGUACUCAGCCAAGCCCCAGCCGGACUGUUCCAGGCCGAUGGAUGGUGUGAAGGAGCUGGGCUAUAGCCCAGGAAUGGGUAGAGUCAUACAGCCUAAUACCAACCUGGACGAUAUGUGUGCUCAGUACAAAAAGUCCACAUCAAUGUGUGGUAUGCAGAGAAAUACCGGAGCCAUCCACACUAAUGCACUGGACAGGACUGAGAUCUCCGCCACACUCAGCUCACCAGGAAAGCGUGGAAUAAGCGGUCCGGAUCUAGGCUGCUAUGUCUCAGCGAGAGGUGACCUCGCGGUUCAUAAAGCUGGCCAUGCCGGCCGUCCACUAGGCAACUCGGGUCUCUCUGAUCAAGAGGGCUUCGGGUCCCGUACCUCUUCUCCCGGCGUUUCCUGGCUUCCCCCUAGUCCGGUGGGAACGCCCCACCCCAGCCCGAGCAUCACUCCCAUGCCCAGCUCUGUCUCCAGCCCGAGCCAAGCCUUCUCUCCCUCUUUUGUUCACCUCAAGAAGCACAAAGCUGCCUUAGCUGCAGCCCAGUCCAGAAGCAGCUGCCCCAGUGCACCCCCCACCGCGGCUCCUGGAAGCUCCUCCAUUCCCCUCCAGUCGGCCGACAAGCCCAUCCCCAACAGCUCCCCUCCUCCCUCCUUCUCCAGCCAGGCCUCGACUUCCUCCAUGGACAGCAGCAGCUCGGCGAGUGGCCACACUACUCCGGGCAAGUCCAGCCCGCUGCCCAAUGGCCUGCCCGCCACCGCAGCCAGCGGGCAGUCCAGCAACUACCACAAGCUGAAAAAGGCCUGGUUGACCAGGCACUCGGAGGAGGACAGGAACACCACGACGACCAGCGCAGCCCCGGCGGUCUGCGCCAAACCGGAUAAGGUCCCCGGGCCGCCGCCGGCUACAGCCAGCGCCUUGCAGAGCAACAGCGCGGCCAUGGCUGAGAUGAUCAAGCCGUGCUCCGUCAACCUCAUCGCCUCCACCUCCGGCAACCCCGAGAAAGGCAAGGAGAGCGGCGUCAAGGUGAGCGAGCGGGCGCCGGAGGAGAAGGCAGCGGCGGCGGACGCGGGGGCGGAGGAGAGGAAACCUUCCACCCCUGGCCGGAAGGCCAGCAAGCGGACGUACGAGUCGGGCUCGGAGAGCGCCGGGGACGACUCCGACGCCAGCGAGAGUAAGACGGAGGCCCGGGCCAAGCGCCAGCCCAAACCCACCUACAAGAAGAAGCAGAACGACAUGGCCAAGAGGAGAGGGGACAACGACAAGGACGAGGACGACGUCAAGCCCAACGGCGUCUUCAGGUCCGCCCGGGAGAAGACCAAGCUCAAGCUGGCCAGCAGCAACGGCGUCCCGCGCUCGGUGCUGAAGGACUGGAGGAAGGUGAAGAAGCUGAAGCAGACGGGCGAGUCGUUCCUGCAGGACGACUCGUGCUCAGAGAUGGGGCCCAACCUGCAGAAGUGCCGGGAGUGUCGGGUGCUGCGCAGCAAGAAGGGGGAGGAGCCGGCGCACUCGCCCGUCUUCUGCCGCUUCUACUACUUCAGACGGCUGUCGUACAGUAAGAACGGGGUGAUCCGCAUGGACGGCUUCUCCAACCCCGAGCAGUUUGACCAGGAGGCCCUGGCCCUGUGGCUCCCCGGGGUGCUGGAGGAGAGCCUCCUGGAGCGAGGCACCGCCCGCUACAUCCUGGGCUUCAUCGGGGACAAGUUCUGCCAGAUGGUCUCCACGGAGAACAGCGCCGCCUCCUGGGUCCGCAAGGAAGUCAAGCUGGCGUGGAAGCGAGCAGUGCGCGGCGUGAGGGAGAUGUGUGACGCCUGCGAGGCCACACUCUUCAACAUCCACUGGGUGUGUCAGAAGUGUGGCUUUGUGGUCUGCCUGGACUGCUACAAGGCCAAGGAGAGGAAGAGCUCCAGGGGCCCGCACUACAAGGAGCUGUACGCCUGGCUGAAGUGUGUUAAAGGACAACCCCAUGACCACAAGCACCUCAUGCCAACACAGAUUAUACCGGGCACUGUGCUGGCAGACCUGGUGAGCUCAAUGCACUCCCUGAGGGACAAGUUCAGCAUCGCCUCCCACUGCCCCUGCAAACCGGCCCCCCUGCACAAGCUGCCCUCCACCAACGGGGUCUCCCAGGUUCUUCAGAACAUGUUGAACCACAGCAACAAGCAGCUGGCGCUGGUGAAGGCCGAGCCGUGUUCCCAGCAGAGCUUUGAGCGGGGCGUGGCCGAGACCAACGGGGGCGGGGCCAGAGUGGGAGGAGGGGGAGGGGCUGGGAGUCCCAGCAGUCCCCUGGCCACGCCCCCGGAGUCCCAGUCACCGCUGCACUUCCUAGCCGAUCUGGCCGAGCAGAAAUCCAGAGAGGAGAAGAAAGCAGAGAACAAGGUGCUGCUGAAGGAGGAGCGGGAGGGCGAGAGCGUGGAGGUGCUGCAGCAGUGUAAGACCUCGUCCCUGGUGGGCAGCAGCACGGAGCAGGGCUCCACGCUGAGGGACCUGCUCACCACCACCGCCGGGAAGCUGCGCCUGGGCUCCCCCGACGCCGGCAUCGCCUUCGCCCCCGUGUACUCAACCUCGUCACAGGGCGGUAAGGGCGGGAGGACCAUGCCCAACAUCCUCGACGACAUCAUCGCCUCAGUGGUGGAGAACAAGAUCCCCGCCAGCCGCCACAGCGCCAAGCUGUCCAUCAAACAGGAGCCCCUCCCCCCCAGCCACCUCCCCGCCCCCGCCGAGUUCCCCAAGGUGGACGUCAAGAAGAAGCCGCCGGCCGUCACCGUGGCGACGCCCGAUGACGCCCCCAACCAGUACCCGGACGUGCCCCACUGCUGGCUGUACAACAGGCGGCUGCUGUGGCUGAAGGACCACCGCAACGACAGCAACUGGAGGCUCUUCAGGGAGUGCUGGAGGCAGGCUCAGCCGGUGUUGGUGUCGGGGGUGCACAAGCGACUCAACCCCAGCCUGUGGAAGGCGGAGUCCUUUAAGCAGGAGUUUGCGGACCACCAGGGAGACCUCCUGAACUGUAAAGACCAGCUGGUCUCCAGCUCGGGCAUCAAGGAGUUCUGGGAUGGCUUCGAGGACAUCACCAAGCGUCCCAAGUCGAAGGACGGAGAACCCAUGGUGUACAGGCUGAAGGACUGGCCCUCAGGGGAGGAGUUCAUGGUUCUGAUGCCCACCAGGUACGACGACCUCAUGAGGAACCUUCCCCUGCCGGAGUACUGCGACCCAGAGGGGAGCCUCAACCUGGCCUCCCACCUGCCCUCCUUCUUCGUGAGGCCCGACCUGGGGCCCCGACUCUGCUGUGCCUACGGCGUGGCGGCCUCCCAGGACCAGGACUUUGGCACCGCCAACCUUCAUGUGGAGGUCUCCGACAUCAUCUCCAUCCUGGUCUACGUGGGCGUGGCCAAGGGCAACGGGGUCCUGUCCAAAACCGGUGUGCUGAAGAGGCUGGAGGAGGAGGACCUGGAUGAGAGCGUGAAGAAGAGGCUGAAGGACUCCAGCGAGACGCCGGGAGCUCUGUGGCACAUCUACCUCCACAAGGACCUGCACCACAUCAGGGACUUCCUCCACAAGCUGAGUAAAGAGCAGGGAUUGGACAUGUCCACUGAGCAGGACCCAAUCAGAGAGCAGGGCUGGUACCUGAGCAGGAAGCAGCGGCAGCAGCUGUUGGAGGAGCACGGGGUGCAGGGCUGGACCGUGGUGCAGUUCCUGGGAGACUCUGUUCUGAUUCCAGCGGGGGCCAUGCACCAGGUGCAGAACCUCCACAGCUGUGUUCAGGUCAUCAACGACUUUGUGUCCCCGGAGCACGUGGCCAACUCCUUCCACCUCACCCAGGAGCUGAGGGCCGCCAAGGAGGAGGUCAACUAUGAGGACAAACUGCAGGUGAAGAACAUCCUGUACCACUGUGUGAAGCAGGCGUUGGCCACCCUGAGGAGGGGAGAAGAGGAGGAGGAGGAGGAGGAGGAGCAGGAGGAGGAGGACGACGACCGUUCAUGACCCCCCCCGUCCCCUUCAGAGCGGACUAGAACCGGGGGGGGCCCGGUCCACGCUGGGGGACGGGUCUCUGACACCCUGGUGAUGUCAUGGGAGCUGGGAAACACACACACGAGGAACAUUCACACAAACCAGACAGCAUCCUCUUCAUCAUCCACCCCGUCACCAUCAUCAUCAUCGCCAGAACCAUCUUCAUCCCAAACCUCUAGUGCCAAAUAGCCUGGGGCCAGGCAGGCCGGACAGGGCUGGGCCAGGACAGAGCGUGGCUUGGUCGCUCCAUGCUGGGAUUGAUCCACCGAAGAGAGAGAGACGGACGGUCCAAACCUCCUCAUGUGACCUGAGGGCACCGAAGCCCCCCCCGCACGGCCCCCCGCGGCGUCCAACGAGGAGCUCAAACCCAGCAGGGGAGGUCCGGUUGACACGACGACGCUCUGACCCUCCCUCUGACGCUCUUCCUCUAUCCCGGUGCCGUACUCCUCUUCAGGGCACCCCCUCUACUCUGAGGCUGUCUGUGGGACUGUCUGUGGACCUGUCUGUGGGACUGUCUGUGGGACUCUCUGUGGGACUGUGUGUGUGUGUGUGUGUGUGUGUGUGUGUGUGUGUGUGUGUGUGUGUGUGUGUGUGUGUGUGUGUGUGUGUGUGUGUGUGUGUGUGUGUGUGUGUGUGUGUGGGCCUUUGUGUGUGUGUGUGUGUGUGUGUGUGUGUG